AUGGCAGUGGUCUUACGGUAUGUUGACAGUUCUGGAGAUUCUAAAGAAAGUUUUGUUGGUCUUGUUCAUGUGAAAGAAACAACUUCUUCAUACCUCAAGAAUGUGAUUGAUUCUCUAUUUGCAAAAUACAAGUUGAGUUACAGUCAAGUUAGAGGACAAGGAUAUGAUGGUGCUAGUAAUAUGUCAGGUCAGUUCAAUGGCCUCAAAUCACUGAUAAUGAGAGAAAAUAGCACAGCUUAUUAUGUUCACUGCUUUGCUCACCAGCUUCAGUUAGUUGUUGUGGCUGUGGUAAGAAAACAUAAAGAGGUUAGUAAUUUCUUUAGUAUGAUUACUACCUUGUUAAAUGUGGUGGGUGGAUCAGCCAAGCGUAGGGACAUGAUUAGAGAUAUCAAUCUGGAAGAAAUGAGCAAAGCUUUAGGAUGUGGACAGCUUACAACCGGCACAGGACUAAAUCAAGAGCAAUGCCUUCAGAGACCGGGAGAUACUCGUUGGGGUUCACAUGGUAAAACACUUAAGAGCUUAAUUGACUUGUUCCGUUCAGUAAUUAAAGUUCUAGAAUUUGUGGGAGAAGAAGAUACAGACAGAACAAAUAGAGACCAAGCAAAUGGUCUUCUAGUGUACUUUCAGUCUUUUGAUUUUGUCUUCUAUUUGCAUCUCAUGCUGUCAAUUCUUACAACUACGAACACAUUGUCAUUAGCAUUGCAGCUGAAGGAUCAAUACAUAGUAAAUGCCAUGAAAUGUGUGAAGUCAACUAGAGCGGUUCUGAAUGAACUUAGAGAACAUGGAUGGGAAUCUCUUCUAGUUGAAGUUCAUGAUUUUUGCGAGAAACAUGAUAUUGAAGAGUUAGACAUGGAAGAAGCCUAUAUUAAUCCAAAAAAGAGAAGACAAGUGACUGGAAUUACCAACAAACAUCACUAUCAAGUUGAUUGUUUCAAUGAUGUUUUUGAUUGGCUAGUUCAAGAGCUUGAUGGUCGGUUCAGUGAGACAUCCUCCAAUCUUCUUGUUUGGUCAGUGGCUUUGAGUCCAAGAGACUCCUUUCGUGAUUUUAAUUUGGAGAGUUUGAUAAAUUUGGCUAAACUAUACCCUCAAGAUUUUGAUGCUAGUGAACCGAGGGAUCUUGAUAAAGAUCUACGUCUCUAUAUUGCUGAUGUACACACAGAUGAUAGCUUUUCUAACAUAGAAACAAUUACUGGGCUUUCUAAGAAAAUGGUGGAGACAAGGAGGCAUCUUAUGUAUCCUUUGUUUUAUCGGUUGUUGAAACUAGUUAUUGUGUUGCCAGUUGCCACUGCUACAGUUGAGAGAUGUUUUUCAGCCAUGAAACUGGUGAAAACAUUUUUGCGCAAUCGCCUCAAUGACGACAGCUUGAGUGAUGAUGUUAUUUGUUAUGUGGAGAAAGAAGAAAUGAAGAAAGUCACCAAUGAUCAAGUGGUUAAAUAUUUCAUGGCUUUAAAGAAUCGGGUGUUUAAAGAAUAA